AUGCGGUCCGACGCGGGUAGCCCGGGGCCAUUCGUGAAUACAAGAUACACAUGCGCGGGCGGUCUCGACACCCCAGGUCUCGCUGUCGCUGCGAGCUACGACAACGACAUCAACCAUCGAAACGAUCCUCAUAUGAACUUUCGCCGCAGAUGGAGUGUUGCGAGUGCUGACCAGGAGGACACAACAGCUGCCGCUAUGAGCCCAGCUGCCAACAAGAGGAAGAAGUCGGAAUCCCCCAGCCGAGGUGGCGGGGGCUGGAGCAACUGCCUGUUUACCUUCGUCGCAGACGCUGCUGGCAAGGUCUGGCAGUAUGCGCGCUCUACCGGCAUAGUAGGCUUCUAUGCUGGAGAAGGAAAGGGGUACACUCUGCAAACCCCAACCGACGACUACGGCACCUCUCCCACCUUCGCCGGACAUGCGCGGAAAUCAUCAUCAUUCGACAUCUCACGUACUCCUGUGCCUGGCCAAUACCCGCUGGACGAAGACGAUUACGCUGUUCGUGCGCCAAAGCGGCAGCACGAUGAUUCCGGCCCGGAGUCCUGGAUCAUGGUACCCCGCAUGGAUGAAGAACUUCGAGCUGCCACUCCCGGAUUGUCGAAGCGUAGGCCGCCCAAAGUCAACAUCUCUCGACCCACGGGUCCACGGCGCCCCUUGAUCCCAGUAGCCCGCCGCACUUCCUCUAUCUCCAGCAUCGGCUCCCCAGGCCUCCGCCCAGAAAGCGCCGCCUCAGUCCGUCGUCCUGACAGUGCCGCCUCGAUCCGCCGUCCCGAUAGCGCAGCCUCGAUCCGACGUCCUGACAGCGCCGCCUCACUCCGGCGUCCUGACAGUGCAGCCUCAUUUCGCGUCCCCGAUAGCGCUUCCUCGAGCCGAUCCCGUCCGCACUCGAUUGGAAGCGCGUUCAGCCUUCCGUCGCCGAAUAAGCCUCAUUCACCGAUACCGCCAGAGAUACAAGUGCUUGCUGCUCAGCGUCGCCGGGAAGAGCGGCAGAGGAAUUCUAGUAUGCGGAAAAUCAACGAUCGGUUGAAGGACAUGAUCAGGGAGGGCCGUGAAGCCUUGGGAACUAAGAUCGAAAUCGAGGAUGCCAUGGAUGAAGACAUGGAAGAUGAGGGUUUCGCCGAGGGGGUUUUCGAUGGGAGGGAGAAGUGGUGA